AUGGCAGAUGAUUAAGAUGAAGUUGCCAUUUUGUUUGCUGAUAUUUGCUAUUUUGAUGACAUUGUAGAGGAAGAACAAAACAAUGUAGUGGUAAUAUUAGAUGAACUUUUUAGAAAUUUCGACCUUAUAUGUGAAAAAUACGGUGCUUAAAAAAUCGAGACAGUCGGUAAAACAUAUAUGGCGGCUACUGGGAUAAAAGAAUGUGAAUUAAAUGUGUCUGAAUAAAUAAAAUAGAGAGGAAAAGGUGAAAGAUUAGUCUCCAUGGCCAAAGAAAUGAUUGAACAUGCUUCAAAUUAAAAAUGGGGCAAAUAAUAAGAAUCAAUAUAAUUAAAAAUCGGAAUCAAUAAAGGAGAAGUUAUGGCCGGUGUAAUCGGAAAUCCAAAACCUUAAUUUUCAUUAAUAGGAGAUACAAUAAAUACUACAUCAAGAAUAUGUACUUAAUGUUCUUAUGGAAAAAUUUUAAUUUCAGAAAAAAUAAAGGAAGAGGUCAAAAGCAUGAAACAUUCUUUUAGGCCGAUCACUUUUUAACCAAAAGGAAAAGAUGUGAUGACGGCAUAUGAAAUAGGAGAUUUAAACACUUACAAAAAAUUUUAAGGAAUACUCAAAAUCUUGCAUAGCCAGAAAGAUAAAGAAGGAAUUAAUUAAAAAUAUUUACUUUUAUUGAUGUGCUGA